AUGGUACAGAGCUUCAACUUUGCGGCAAUGCGAUCGCUUGGAAAGGUGUUCUACAAUCGCAGCUUGGUCAUCCCGCACUUGAUGCUGCAGGAUGUUAGAUCAAUUGACUUUGCCCGACUGCGUAGUAUGGGCUUCGAUGCAGUACUGUUUGAUAAAGACAACACCCUGACAGAGCCUUAUGCCGACCACGUCUAUGCGCCAUUCAGCGAGGCAUUGGAGCAUGCCCGACGGGUGUUUGGACCAAAGGGCAUCGCCGUGUUAUCAAACAGUGCUGGAUCUAGUGACGAUCACGACUUUGUCGAGGCUACACGUCUGGAACGAGAGUUGUGCAUACCUGUCAUCAAGCAUGGCACGAAGAAGCCUGAAGGCAUUGAAGCUGUGAUCAAACAUUUCAACGACACUGAACCAUCACGCAUCAUCAUGGUUGGUGAUCGAUUCCUCACCGACAUACUCUUUGGCAAUCUAUAUGGUAUGAUGACAAUCUACACCAGUCCGAUCACAUCAGUAGGUGACAAUGGAGCUGUAAAGUUGAUUAGAGACAAAGAAAAGUCAUUCGUAAUGUACAACAAACAGCAUUAUAAUGCACCUGUACAUCCUUUGUUCAAUGAGGAGAGCUAUUUAUCAAAGUCAUCAAGUUGA